AUGGCCAAAAUUUACAAAGAUACGAGAGUCGACCUUCGGCCCUUUUCGCCGGCCACGGUUGCCACCAUUAACGUCUCGCCCCAACAGAGCGCGCUCCGUCGCCCGCGCUUCUCAAUCUCCUCUGGCUCUGCCUCCGACCCUGAACCCCCGAUCGCUAAGGAUGAAGACGAAUUCGCCAGACGGUAUCUUGCCACACAGGGCGCGGUAUACUUUCGCAAACGCAGAACCUAUCCGAGGACGUUCCUGUGGAGGGUCAUUAAUGACAACAAGGUGUUGGAGAUUCAAUGCGCGGACUUGACGAAGGGUGGCUUGGAACACUUCGAAUACAAUGUCACUCUCCGGCUCAAUUUCAACGAGCAGAUCAUCCCUUCUGGCGUUGCAUUGGCCGACCGCGAGGAUCAUGAGAUUCUCACCGUGUUCGUGAUCACCGCCUCUAAGCAGCUUCACACUCUGGCGCUUCGCCCUGAAUUCUUCCGCAGACCGGAGUCAAUCGACGAGAACGUGUCCGACUGGUGCAAGUCGUGUGUCCCUGCGCCUUUGUCUUUCUCUUAUCCUCACCGACUACACGCGAGCAGCCCGCUGGAACUGUUCAUCUCUCUCGACAGUGGCGCCCUUCUGCGCUUGACACGGAGGGCCGGUGAUGAUGGUUCGCACUGGACUCCUCUUACCUUUGACGAACGGACAUGGGGCGCUUCUAUCCGCGGCCUUGUCAAAUGGAACGCACCCUCCUCCCUCAAACACAAUGGACGCAGCCUUGACCCGAAUGUCGCCAAUGCUAUCGCUACCACCUCCGAUGAGACGUACGUUUUCGCGAUCUGCUUGAACCAUACCUUGAAAAUUUGGAAUCUAGCGUCGAACAAACUGGCUGGGACAAAGGAUCUUCUGGACCGCCCAAUGGACUCUGAUACUGUACCGUACACCUUGAACCCGGCAGAGACCUCGUUUAUUCGGGUGUUCAACGCGGAGCGAGCAUUGGAUGGGAGCCAUCGUUUCUACGUCGUCACAUACUCCCCGCUCGAGGAUGGACGCUUCAAGUUCUGGGCUGUCAAGGGAGGACUGACAUCCGAUCUCGUCAUUGAAGACCUCUUUGCGGAUGCUGUGUUCCGGCCGGAGGACCCAGAUACCACAGGGAACAUGUUCUGGAGCAUCGCCGAUUUCCAGGUCAAGUCUGUGGAGGAAGGAAAGGGCAUGGAGUUGUGGGUGCUGUGGAGAAACCAUGGUCUCUAUCAACUUUACACCCUUCAUUUUGAUUUACAGACCCUGGUAACCGACUGGGAGACCAAUUGGGUGUCGACGACAUUCGAAACACAUCGACAAGAGCCUUUACCUACACCGACACUAGAUGAUGUGGCGGACCCGACCGAGAGGUGGCUUGCCUACCUUUUGCAUCCCAAUAGGUACCUGCCCGAGGUUCUUGAGACCGCACUGGCGGUCUACCAGGAGGCCCUCAAGCCCUUGUCUGCAGCCUCAUCUGGUGUAUUGAAGAGAGACGUGCCACUUCCUGAGAGGCUUUGCUCGACUAUCGCAGCGACUGUCUCUCUGCGCAAAUACGCCGAUGAUGAGAUGGACUACACUCGGUAUCGAAUGGAUACAGAUGCGAAGUGGCGUCAGUUCUGGCAAGUUGCGGAUGACCUCAACAAGCGUCGAUUCGAACCUAUCUCUCUCGCCUACGAUUCAUACUUUGAGAUGCCAUGGCUGCUACUUUCGGACUCUUGUGCCGUGAUUCGGGAAUGCAACACUGCCGAGUUGCUCUUGAACAACCCUCCUUCAGAAUUCCGCGAUGAUGUUCCCAAGAUCGUGGACCGCUGGAGGCACCGCAACCUGAGUUCUGAACUUGGUAACUUGUUCGAAGAGGCCUCUUCGUUGAUGAAGGUUGCUUCCGAUUUCCGCAAGAGGUUCUCUGCUCAACUCGACGCCGCAUGUCGUGCUGCUCUUGAGGCUGAGAUCUUCAGUGAGCCAUUUUCAUCGAUCACUGACCGCAUGGAUGUUUUCCGGGAGCGCUGCGAGUUUGACCAGAUUACGAACAAGUCUUUUGACAGCCUCGUCGCGGCCUUGAAUGACUAUUUCGAGGCCGAGAACUUGUCCAGUGAUGCCUUUUACGCCAUUAUUAACACCGCCCCUCUUGGAUUCAACGGUAAAGAUUCGGAACUUCGCUCGACUUGCUUCGGUUCACGAGUUAUUGUCAGUGGUGCGCUUGAGAGUAUUCUACUCACGCGCAAGAUGCUCUAUGACCUGUUAAUCCUGGUUGUCUUUGUGGAUGGCGAGAUUGAGCAAGGAGAACGUUCCAACUUCGAUGCUCCCGAUCUCUUCUCCACGCUAAUCGACCUUCUCCGUGAAUAUGAAAUGAUGUACUGGCUGAGCUCAAAUGUCCGGAAAUGCCCUGAUCGGUCUGCCAGCACUGGUAGGGAUUCGACCCAGGCAUUCUCACUGAAGGGCAACAAGUCUCAAGACAAGCACCAGAGGAGUGCGACUAUCCUCGAGGAUCUGUUCGUUUCGGAUAUCAAGCCCCGGCCACCCAUUAAUCUGCCGCAAAGCUACACAUUAACCCUGGGGAUCAGGGAUGUCUUGGCUUGGAUCACCAGGCAAGGCGAAGUGGCGUAUCCCAACGCUCUCACCUACAUCCAGUGUGACCUUAUCGCCAAGAAUAACAUUGACCUCGCCUGGGAUUUCCUCCGUUUUCAAGCAAGCACACCCUGGGCAACUUAUGUCAAGGGUCGCCUGCAUGUGGCCAUGGCCGAGUUUGACACUGCAGCCAUCUACUUCCGGAAGGCAGCAUACCUCCUUUCUAGCGGGAAAGCCCUGGGCAACCUCCACGAGAUGUCUUCGACACUUCUGGACCUUGUUUCUGUGAAGUCCUUCCAUGACGGGAUUCCGAAGUAUUACCAGCAUAUCCUUUCAGUGUUCGAAAAAGUGCGCUCCUUCUCGCAUGUCGCGGAUUUUGCCAGCCUGGCGCUGCAGGCCCUCGACUCCGAAGUUUGGGCUGAACAAGCUGCGGAAUACACAAGCAUGCGGACCGACUUGCUCUCGCGGCUCUUCCAUGCAUCUCUGAAGACCUGCCAAUUCGAUCAAGCAUAUUCCGCCCUGUCCCGUUACCAGGAUCUUGCGUUACAGAGAUCUGCACUCAGCUCCCUCGUUUCCACCAUCCUGAUCGUUUCCGGACCAGGACCUGCCGGUCUCAAGCAGAUCCUCCGCUUUCCCACCUCGCUCGUCCCCAACAUCGCCUCUUACAUCGACGAAAUCCUCGUCUCCCUCGCGCGGAAACAGGGCACCUUCUCUUCAUGGCUGGACAUCGACAACAACGAGGCCAACAUCUCCCCCGACUACCAUCGUAUCCUGCAAGCAUACCGCAUCGCACGCGGCGACUUCCGCGGCGCCGCCGAAAUCGCCUACCGAAACGUCCAGCGUCUACGCCAAGCACGAGACGCCCCGUCCUCCGCUGUCGCCCUCAAAUCAAAGAAGGAAAGUGAAGAAACGGGCGUGCCAGAAGAUGACAGCGAGAGCAAGGAAAUCCGCCACGAGCUCCUUUCGCUGAUCAACCUUCUCGGCUCCGUCGACAAGAGCGAAGCCUACAUCCUCGUCGAAACCGGGCCCCUCACCUCCUCCCAAUGCCAAGAAAAGCGUCGUGGCUCCACAGACAACGACGGUAAUGUCUUCAUGGAAGACGCAGAGGGCUCAACAACACCAUUCAACGCCCACCGCCGCUCCUCCAGCGCCGCAUCCUUCGCAUCCGGCCGUCGAGGAAGCCGCUCUUCCAUUGGCGGCCUCAGCGUCUCGUCCAAGGCACCUAUCGAGCCGCUCCAGGAGCGCGUCAUCGUUACCCUUGAGCAUCUGCGCCGCGAGUAUCAGUCUGAACUUGACCGUGUUAGUCGUAUUGAGCGUGGCGAUUGGGAGUUUGGUCUUCUGGAUGAUGAGGACGAGGACAAUAACGAUGAUACGAUGGUUUUGUCGUAG